CCGUUAUGGUUCCCAAACACUUGGAGCUUCUUAGUUAACCUUGUCUCAAAAAUUCCUCAAUGCUCCCAAUUUCUUAUGUUAAUUCUCUCCAUCUCUAUCACACAAUUCGGCCCUCUGGUAGAAACAAAAACAAAAGAAAGAAAGGGAACCUAGUAAAUUCCGCUCAACAAUGCUAUAACAAUCGCCCUCACCCUGUGUUUUACAAUUUCCUUUCAGUUCCAUCAGGAAACGACACACACUCCCCCUCCAUGGCUUCUGACGCUGACGGCGGCAGCUUCCUUUCCACGGACUUCAGAAAGGAAGCGGAGGAAGUGGUGGAUCACAGCGGCACCGCCCAUGAACUCUGCCUCCCUCACCGCCGCCAUUGUCUUUCCUUGAUGGAUGACACUGCUGCAAGCAGAUGGGUCAUUUCCUUCUCUGACGAAUUCAGGCAUCACAAAAAAUUCAAACUUGAACCUGACUCGAUCGCAAUUGAUGAUGGUGGUGGAAGCAGUGCCCACGGUAGCACUAGCCUCAGCCUCAGCCGCAGCAGCAGCUCUGAUAGCUUGAGCACUGGCUUCCGUGCCCACAUCUGGACUUACAAUCAGCGUUAUGUGGCGGCGGAGGCCGUGGAGGAAGCCGCCGCCGCCAUCAUUAAUGCAGAGGAGAGCGCGGCCGAGGAGGAUGCUAGUGCUGAUGGGAUGAGGCUUUUACAUCUUCUUGUUGCAUGUGCUGAGGCUGUGGCUUGCCGAGAUAGGUCUCAUGCUUCGAUUCUUCUAUCAGAGCUUCGAGCCAAUGCUUUGGUUCUCGGCUCUUCCUUCCAGCGAGUGGCUUCUUGUUUUGUCCAAGGCCUCGCCGACCGCCUCGCCUUGGUUCAGCCACUUGGGUAUGUUGGGUUUGGGCUGCCCAUGAUGAGCAGAGCAGACCAUUCCUCUGAGAGGAAGAAAAAGGAGGAGGCCUUAAAUCUGGUCUAUGAGAUAUACCCACAUAUCCAGUUUGGGCAUUUUGUGGCCAAUUCUUCAAUAUUGGAAGUCUUUGAGGGAGAGAAUUCUGUGCAUGUGCUGGAUUUGGGGAUGGCGUUUGGAUUGCCAUAUGGCCAUCAAUGGCGCAGCCUCAUCGAGAGCCUCGCCGAGUGUCCGAACCGGCAGCUGCUGCGUGUCACAGGCAUUGGCCUCUCUGUAAACAGAUACAGAUUGAUGGGGGAGAAGCUGAAGUCCCACGCAGAAGAGUUUGGAGUUCAAGUGGAGGUGUUAGCAGUAGAGGGAAACUUAGAAAAUCUCCGCCCCCAAGACAUAAAGCUUCACGAUGGUGAAGCUCUGGUAAUCACCAGCAUUUUUCAGAUGCAUGGUGUGGUUAAAGAAAGUAGAGGAGCUCUAACCUCAGUUCUUCGCAUGAUCUAUGACCUUUCCCCCAAGGCUCUGGUUCUAGUGGAGCAAGAUUCAAAUCACAAUGGACCCUUUUUUCUUGGGAGAUUCAUGGAAGCUCUGCACUACUAUUCUGCUAUAUUUGAUUCAUUGGACGCCAUGUUGCCCAAAUAUGACACAAGAAGAGCUAAGAUUGAGCAAUUCUAUUUUGCUGAGGAGAUAAAGAACAUAGUGAGCUGCGAGGGAAUGGCAAGGGUUGAGAGACAUGAGAGAGUUGAUCAAUGGCGGAGGAGGAUGAGCAGGGCAGGGUUCCAAGCCGCACCCAUUAAAGUAAUGGCACAGGGCAAGCAGUGGAUCGGGAAGUUUAAGGCUAGUGAAAGCUACACAGUUGUGGAAGAAAAGGGGUGUUUGGUUCUUGGUUGGAAGUCUAAGCCCAUUGUUGCAGCCUCCUGCUGGAAAUGCUAA